GCCUACAGAGCAGGACACAGACAGCCUAGACAGCCCCUAGACUCACUUUAUAACCUGUGGUCCUCAACAACUGAUAGGCCUUUGUCUCCGCUGGCAUCCCUCAGAAGCCUUUGCUCUGUAGCAAAGCGAAACCCCUACAGGAAAGUAACAAGCCAUCAUGGAGAGCUUGUGUUCAGGAGGGAAACAGCAGGAGACAUCAGCCUUUGAAACCUGCAAAGACAAUCCUGAGCAGCGAUUGUGAGCGGGGUUACUGCUAGACACCUUCUGCAGAGCUCUGGAAUGAACCUGUCACACUGAUUGCGUUUAUUGUCUGAGAGCCAGGAGUACUGGAUUCCGUGGACUUCAGACUAAAGAGAAAGCAGUCCCUGAUCGUCACCGCCAACCUCGGAACCAGCGUGACGAUGAAAUGAGAUGAGGCUCCGCAAUGGAACUGUAGCCACGGCAUUAGCAUUUUUCACUUCGUUCCUUACUUUAUCCUGGUACACGACCUGGCAAAAUGGGAAAGAAAAACUAAUUGCUUAUGAACGAGAAUUUCUUGCUUUAAAAGAACGUCUACGAAUAGCAGAACACAGAAUUUCCCAGCGUUCUUCUGAGUUAAGUACCAUUGUGCAACAGUUCCGGCGCUUAGGCGCAGAAAAAAAUGGAAGUAAGGAUGCAAUGAAUAAAUUUUCAGAUACCACCCUAAAGCUCCUGAAAGAGUUAACAAGCAAAAAAGCUCUUCAAGUGCCAAGCAUUUAUUACCAUUUGCCUCACUUACUGCAAAAUGAAGGAAGCCUGCAGCCCGCCGUGCAGAUAGGCGGUGGGAGGACAGGAGUUUCAAUAGUAAUGGGAAUUCCCACAGUGAAGAGAGAAGUUAAAUCUUACCUCAUAGAAACUCUUCAUUCUCUUAUUGAUAAUCUGUACCCCGAAGAGAAGUUGGACUGUGUUAUAGUAGUCUUCAUAGGAGAGACAGAUAUUGAUUAUGUACACAGUGUUGUGGCCAACCUGGAGAAAGAGUUUUCUAAAGAGAUCAGUUCUGGCUUGUUGGAAGUCAUUUCACCUCCGGAAAGCUACUACCCUGACCUGACAAACUUGAAGGAGACAUUUGGGGACUCUCAAGAAAGAGUGAGAUGGAGAACAAAGCAGAACCUAGACUACUGCUUUCUAAUGAUGUAUGCGCAGGAGAAGGGCGUGUAUUACAUUCAGCUUGAGGAUGAUAUCAUUGUCAAGCAGAAUUAUUUUAAUACUAUCAAAAACUUUGCCCUUCAACUUUCUUCUGAGGAGUGGAUGAUUCUGGAGUUUUCCCAGCUGGGCUUCAUUGGUAAAAUGUUCCAGGCGCCAGACCUCACCUUGAUCGUGGAGUUCAUAUUCAUGUUCUAUAAGGAGAAGCCCAUUGACUGGCUCCUGGACCACAUCCUCUGGGUGAAAGUCUGCAACCCGGAGAAAGACGCGAAACAUUGCGAUAGACAGAAAGCCAAUUUGCGAAUUCGCUUCAGACCUUCGCUUUUCCAACAUGUUGGCCUCCAUUCAUCACUGUCUGGAAAAAUUCAGAAACUCACGGAUAAAGACUACAUGAAACCAUUACUUCUUAAAAUCCAUGUAAAUCCACCCGCAGAGGUCUCGACUUCUUUGAAGGUUUAUCAGGGACACACACUGGAGAAAACAUACAUGGGGGAAGAUUUCUUCUGGGCUAUAACCCCAAAUGCUGGAGACUACAUCUUGUUUAAAUUCGAUAAGCCAGUCAAUGUAGAAAGUUACUUGUUCCACAGUGGCAAUCAGGAGCACCCAGGAGACAUCCUGCUGAACACAACUGUGGACGUCUUGCCUUUAAAGAGCAAAGGUUUGGAAAUAAGCAAAGAAACCAAAGACAAACGAUUGGAAGAUGGCUAUUUCAGGAUAGGAAAAUUUGAGAAUGGCUUGGCAGAAGGAAUAGUGGACCCCAGUCUGAAUCCCAUUGCAGCCUUUCGACUUUCAAUUAUUCAGAAUUCUGCUGUUUGGGCCAUUCUUAAUGAGAUUCAUAUUAAAAAGAUCACCAAUUGAUCAUCUAAGAGAUCAACACAUUUUUCAUCUGAAUCUAUCAAUUAAAGAUAAUUAAGCAUGUACUUUUUAAACUUGAACACUACCUCUUGUGAAAUCUACUGUAGAUAAGAUGAUUGUUAUUUCCACUUGGAGAGUGGAUCACCCAUGCAUAAUUGCAUUCAUUUGAAGUCACACCGUCCUCCAAUUUUAACUUGACUGAAACAUUUUAGAAUUAUGACAGCCUGUUAAUAUGACUUGUACUAUUUUAGUAUUAUACUAAUACAUAAGAGUUGUACAUAUUGUUACAUUCCUUAAAUUUGAGAAAAAUAAUGUUAAAUACAUUUUAUGAAGGGGGUACUUUUGAAGUUCAUUUAUUUUAUUAUGGGCCCUCUUUUAUAGAUUAUCAGGGAUUAUAUAUAUAAAUAUAUAUACAUACAAAUGUUAUGGAGUUAAUUUAUUAGAAACACUUAAGAAGUACAUAUUUUUGUGCAGUAAAUUUUGGAAUCAAUACUUUUUUUGAAGACGUUACCUUGCUUUUUUAAGUUCUUUCUAUAUUUUUUCUUUGAAAGUGCAAACAUUACAAAUCAAUGCCAUUUUUCAAAUGCACUGCCAUUUAAGAUUGAAUAUAGAUGGAUUUCUUAACUGAAGUACUUUUCUAAUAAUAGCGACUCUGAAAAAAAUAUUUUCAAAGGCAUUUGUCAUUCUUUAAAGCCAAGAUUUUAAAGACCAACAUCCUGCUUGAGGGUUGUUACUGUACUGUGUAUGGUGCACAGCCACAAGAGAUCGGUGGGGUGGCUCUCAGCACACAGGUGUGACACAUUUGACCAAAAUCACUGGCGAGUCGACGCCUACCAUUUCCUCUGGGUGAAGAUGAGAAACUCUUUUCUUUUUUCAUCUUUGUCUUUAAUACAUGAGUUAAAUGCAUUUUGUCCUUUUGAUCCUUUUAUAUCUGCUCUCAUUUGCUGAGUUCUGACAAAAUGUUUUCUAUGUAAUGUUCUUGUAUGAGUGAUAACGGGUAUAAUUUUAAAGAAAAAAUUGUAAUACUGAUUUUUGGUGAAAGGUAUUAUACAAGUUGGUUUUCCAGAAUGAUUUAUUCUACUGCAUUGCAUUAUGAACUUGCAAGUAAAUCAUGUGUCCUAAAAGU